GGAAGGUUCUAACUUGUGAUAUGUUCUAUAAUUAACACCUCCUAUAAAAAAAUUUUAAAGCUUUAAAGUUGAAAAAAAAUAAAUUGAAACAGUUGGAGACGCACCAAAAAUGAAUCAAUACUUGGUAGCUCAAGAUGGCAGGCUUCCGUCAUAUUACAAAUAGUCGAAAGUGUGAACGAAGCUACAGUAAACGAACGCAACUAAUAUUGACAGAAGAAAUGUGACAUGCAUGACAGUGACAUUCAUCAUUCUUUCAAUUUUCAAUCUUCCUUUUCUUUAUAAAAAUGGCGGAUCAGAAUGAAAGGGCAUUUCAGCGUCAGCCUACUAUGUUCCUGAAUAGGAAGAAGGGAGUAGGCCCAAAAAGACGCAAAUCUUUACGUUAUCAUCGUGAAGUUGGACUAGGAUUUAAGACACCUCGCGAGGCUAUUGAAGGUUCUUACAUUGAUAAGAAAUGUCCGUUUACUGGAAAUGUUUCAAUCCGUGGUCGGAUCCUUACCGGUGUCGUUCAGAAAAUGAAGAUGCAGCGUACCAUUGUCAUUCGCAGGGAUUAUUUACAUUAUAUUAGGAAAUAUAAUCGUUUUGAAAAGAGACAUCGUAAUAUGUCGGUGCAUCUUUCGCCCUGUUUCAGAGAUGUAGAAAUAGGAGAUGUUGUCACCAUUGGUGAAUGCAGACCUCUAUCAAAGACAGUGCGAUUCAAUGUAUUAAAAGUUACAAAGGGAAGCAGUUCAAAGAAGAGCUUCCGAAAAUUUUAAAAUAUGACUUUUUAAAUAAAGAAAAAUAAAAAAUACAA